UCCGGAAUCCCCCAAAAAAACAAAAGCCAAAAACUUAACCGUGUUCUUCAAUGGUUGGAGCACAGUGCCCUACUCUUUCAUAUCUCCUCCAAUUUUAUCGUUUUCAUCAUCCAAUCGCCUAAUUUCUCCCACCAAUCCACUACCCCUGAUUCUCGCCCACAGUUCACUCGCGCAGCCAUUUUCCCAUCCCCCAAUCAAUUUCCCCAUCACUUUUAUCUUCAUUUCCCGCCGAUAAUGCUCUGUUUUCGACUCCAAAUCAGUUCCCCACUCUAUUUUCUCAUCAAUCCACACCUUUUCCCGGGAAAAUGUUACGUUUUCUCAUCUGGGUCAUGCCGAUUUCUCCUCUAUCUCCAUCGUCGCUGGGCCUGAAUUGAAACCCAAAUUUGAAACUCUUUUCUUUCACUUCGUUGAAGAUAAAGAGAUGGCGGGUGAGGCGGCGCCGUCGAGAAAUGUUCUGUUUGGGAAAUACGAAAUGGGGCGGCUAUUAGGGAAAGGGACCUUUGCUAAGGUCUAUUAUGGAAGAAACUUGGUGACCCACGAGAGCGUCGCAAUUAAAGUGAUCCUCAAGGAGAGGGUGAAGAAAGAGGGGCUUCUGGAUCAAAUCCAGCGAGAAAUCUCCGUCAUGGGCCUGGUUCGUCACCCCCACAUCGUGGAAUUAAAAGAAGUAAUGGCGACGAAAUCAAAGGUUUACUUUGUGAUGGAGUACGUUAGUGGCGGCGAACUGUUUGUGAAAUUGUCUAAACAAGGAAAACUGACGGAGGACGCAGCCAGAAAGUACUUUCGGCAGCUCGUCUCCGCCGUCGACUUCUGCCACAGCCGCGGCGUCUCGCACCGGGACUUGAAGCCGGAGAAUCUCCUUGUCGAUGAGAAUGGGAAUUUGAAGGUCUCCGAUUUUGGCCUCUCCGCCCUGCCGGAGCAGCUCCGAGUCGAUGGUUUGCUCCACACGCGGUGCGGGACGCCGGCAUAUGUGGCGCCUGAGGUGCUCCGAAAGCGCGGAUACGACGGCGCCAAGGUAGAUAUCUGGUCUUGUGGGGUGAUCCUGUAUGUUUUGCUUGCUGGGGCUCUGCCAUUUCGAGCUGAUAAUGUGAUGAAGCUGUAUAGGAAGAUUUUCAAGGCCGACUUCGAGUUUCCCCCAUGGUUUUCUUCGGAAUCCAUGGAAAUGAUCUCCAAGUUUCUUGUUGUUGAUCCAGAGAAUAGAGUUUCAAUGCCAGAGAUAAUGCAAAGUCCUUGGUUUCGAAACGGCUUCUCAAAGCCAAUUUCAUUCAGUGAGAAAGAUGAAUUCAACAAUGAAAUCUCUGAACUGGGGAACCCCAAGUUAUCUUCUCCUCCAUUUUACAAUGCCUUUGAGUUCAUUUCCACAAUGUCCUCUGGUUUUGAUUUGUCAAGCUUGUUUGAGAGCAAGAAGAAAUCAGGGUCCAUUUUCACUUCAAAGUGCUCUGCCUCGGCCAUUGUAGCCAAGCUUCAGUCUCUGGCUCAGAAGGUGAAUUUCAAGGCCACUAAUCUGAAGGAGUGCAAGGUGAGGCUGCAGGCGAAGGAGGAGGGGAGGAAAGGGAAGCUGACAGUCACAGCGGAGGUUUUCGAGGUGGCACCGGAGCUGGCAGUGGUCGAGUUCUCGAAGUCGGCCGGGGACACUCUGGAGUACAACAAGUUCUGUGAGAAGGAUGUGAGGCCUGCACUGAAAGACAUAGUUUGGAGCUGGCAAGGGGAGAGUGAGGGCCUCUAAUGGUUGAUUUGGAAUCUCUGAAAAAUGAGCAUUGAAGAAGAAGCCAUUCUCGUGAUGGAUGUAGAUAAGUUUUUGUGUGAAGUUUGUUUUUAGUUCACAAAUCUAAGGGUAAGAGAUCUCAUUUUCAACUUCGAGAAAGGUAAUAGAUACUUUAUCUAUUUAGCUAUGUUUGAAUCAACUAAAAUCUGUCAGUGUUUUCGGAUAUGAAUGGUUUAGUUAGAUUAGAAGCUAGUUGGAGUUGAUAGCUAUGUGUUUGAAAUUGGUCAACUUUGUAAAUACUUGAAAGGAUUUGCUUGUAAAAUACCUGGACUUUGUGAGAGAGUAAUUGGUUUAGUAGUUUUGACCAGUCUCAUGAUGUGGGCUUUGACAAUUUGUACCUUCUCUAAUGCUUUUGGGACUUGUGUAUAAAUUUUUGUGACAUGUAAUGGUUAGAAAGAAUGCAUUUCCUAUCAAA